GAGAGAAUAAAGUUUCUGUCUCAAUUGUUUUUCAGGCAUGAGAUUGUCGGUGUGGUAACCGAAGUUGGUAGCAAGGUAGAAAAGUUUAAAGUCGGAGACAAAGUAGGGGUUGGAUACUUUGUAGAAUCUUGUCGAAAAUGUGAAAACUGUAGCAACAAUCUCGAGAAUUACUGUCCUGGUCAAAUAAUGACAACCAAUGGUACUUACUCUGACGGAACCAUAACGUAUGGAGGUUACUCCGAUAUCAUGAUUUCUGAUGAACAUUAUGUAGUUCAUUGGCCUGACAAUUUGCCAAUGAAAGCCGCUCCUUUACUAUGUGCUGGAAUUACAACAUAUAGUCCUUUGAAAUAUUUUGGACUUGAUAAGCCUGGAAUGCACAUUGGUGUUGUUGGUCUUGGUGGUCUUGGUCAUAUGGCUGUGAAAUUUGCUAAGGCAUUUGGAACUAAAGUGACUGUUAUUAGUACAUCUACUAGUAAAAAACAAGAAGCAAUUGA